GGCUUGCACAAACAGUGACUGUGAGGAAGUGUUUUGGAUGCAGGGGGUGCGCAGCUCUGUGGGAACACACCUUAGGUAUCCAUUCACUUUGCCAUGCUGAUUACAUGUUGGUAUUUAUACCUCGCAGCUCGGAGCCUCGCCAAACAAUCUCUGAACAUGGCCUCAAUUCUGCAGAAACUGAUCACCCCACUGUUCAGCGGUCCUCCUGAGCCCCCCAGGAAUAAAGUGACAGUGGUGGGCGUGGGCCAGGUUGGCAUGGCCUGUGCUAUCAGCAUCCUGCUCAGGGAGCUGGCUGAUGAACUGGCUCUGGUGGACGUGAUGGAGGACAAGCUGAAAGGAGAGAUGAUGGACCUGCAGCAUGGCAGCCUCUUCCUGAAAACCCCCAAAAUAGUCGCGGACAAAGACUACUCUGUGACAGCAAACUCGCGCAUCGUUGUGGUGACAGCUGGAGUCCGUCAGCAGGAGGGAGAGAGCAGGCUGAACCUCGUCCAGAGAAACGUCAACAUCUUCAAACACAUCGUCCCUCAGAUCGUCAGAUACAGCCCCGACUGCACCAUCAUUGUGGUCUCCAACCCAGUUGAUGUGCUGACUUAUGUCACCUGGAAACUGAGCGGCCUUCCCCAGCACCGCGUCAUCGGCAGCGGCACCAACUUGGACUCGGCACGCUUCCGCUACCUGAUGGCCGACAAACUGGGAAUCCACCCGAGCAGUUUCAACGGCUGGAUCCUGGGAGAACAUGGAGACACCAGUGUGCCUGUGUGGAGUGGAACAAACGUGGCUGGAGUCAACCUGCAGACCUUAAAUCCGGACAUCGGUACUGACUGUGACGAGGAGAACUGGAUGGAAACGCACCAGAUGGUGGUGAACAGUGCCUAUGAGGUGAUCAAGCUGAAGGGUUACACUAACUGGGCCAUCGGUCUGAGUGUAGCUGACCUGACAGAGAGUCUCAUGAGGAACAUGAACAGGAUUCAUCCUGUUUCCACCAUGGUGAAGGGCAUGUAUGGGAUCAGUGAGGAGGUCUAUCUGAGUCUGCCCUGCGUGCUGAACAGCGGAGGUGUGGCCAGCGUGGUCAACAUGACCCUGACAGACGACGAGGUCGCCCAACUCCAGGCCAGUGCCAACACGCUGUGGGACAUCCAGAAGGACCUGCAGGAUGUGUAGCUGGACAGCAGAGGGCGAUGUAGCCGCACCCUCCUGACGUAUUAUCACUCUGCAGUCACUAAACACCACACAGCUCCACCCUCCACACCUUCAGCCC